UCUCACAAUCGAAAGCGAAAUUGGCAACAACUUUUCGGAAAAAAUCCGAGAGGGGGAGUUAACAUGGCCGUGGCUACACCAGUAUUCUAUUACUCUGAUAGUGCCUUAAAUGGUUGUGCGUAACUGAUGGACUGAAUACUUCUGAAAACAAGUCAUAUUUAGGCUCUUGAAUGGGAUCCACAUCUAAAAAUAGACACAUGGAUUACAACAGGAAUAAAGUUUUGGGCACAGGUUUUUCUGCCUGUGUUUUCAGAGGCACUUUUAAAGAAGAAGAAGUUGCGUAUAAGAGGAUUGACAAAUCGAAGUUAGACGACAUUGCUCAGGGAAGGGAAGAGUACACCAUGAAAAAUCUAAACCAUCCUAACGUUCUCAAGCUCCUUGAUGUUCAGAAUGACAAUGAUUUCAAGUAUCUGAUUUUGGAACUAUGCGGCGGUACACUUUUCGAUUACGUCGAAGGAGACUAUAAGGACAAAAUGCCUUCCGAGAUCGACGGAAUGAUUCAAAUGACUAGAGGAUUGCAUUACAUCCAUUCCAAUCGUUUUGUCCAUCGAGACAUUAAGCCAUCAAACGUAUUGAUUUCUCUAACAUUCAUUUUGAAAAUAUCGGAUUUUGGAUUCAGCCGGGGAGUCACAGGCUCCGGAAGUUUUUCUAUGUCCAGUGGACCGAAAGGCACACGAGUCUAUUACUCCCCAGAAUUCCUUUCGAUGGAAGAGAAAACCAUAGAAGAGAUAGAACAAAUCCGCGCUGACGUUUCGAUUGAUGUCUUUUCACUGGGAUGUCUCUUUUUCAAUUACCUUACGAUGGGCGGUCAUCCGUUUGCCAAUGGAGGGCGUCCCAAUGAAAUUUUCACUCCCGCUAAUAUUAAAAACGGUGAAAAGAUCCUCAAUGGCAGGAUGGGUUUACCGGAGAAUCAUUAUGCAUAUGCCAUGAUUGACGGAAUGACUAAAAAAGAUCCCGGUGACCGUUGGAAAUUAGAGAAAUUAGAACAAGCCCUAGAAACUCUGAAUGAAGUUAACAGAAUUGAAAGAGAAUAAAUUCAAUCAAAAGCA